CGAUUACCGCCCUUUAAAUAUUCCCUCUUCUGUCGAGGAAGGACAAAAAAUGAAUCCCAAACAGAAAGUAGCUGCAGGUUUUAUUAUUUUCAGGCGAAUUGAGAAAGAAGUACAGUAUUUAUUGCUUCAAACAUCGUAUGGCGAACAUCACUGGACGCCACCUAAAGGUCAUGUAGACCCUGGGGAAUCAGAAUUACAGACUGCACUUAGAGAAACAGAAGAAGAGGCAGGGUUAAAAAAAGAGGACUUCAAUAUGUAUGAAAAUUUCCAAAGGACUUUGAACUAUGAAGUGCGGGGGAAGCCUAAGCGAGUAGUGUAUUGGCUCUCGGAACUGAAGAACCCAAGUAUACCAAUCAAGUUAUCUGAAGAACACAUUGACUACAAGUGGCUCAAUCUUCCUUCUGCAUUAAAAUAUGUGGAAAAAUACAAAGACUUUCAACAAGUUUUGAAUGAGGCAGAAAGUUUUAUAAAAUCAAAUUUGUAAUCAAUUUUAAAAGCUUUGUGGGGAUUUAUAAUAAAAAAAAAUUGACAAAGUUGAGGAGUAUUUCAUGCAAACUCACAUGGGAGACUUCAGUGCCAAGUUAUUAGGGACAAUCAUGAGAAUGUCAAUGAGGACUAUCAGAAACUUGUAACAAUAUUAUUAAAAGACACCUGGAGAUGCUCAAAGGUCAACUAAAGGUUAUGGCUAUCAACAAAUACCAGGGACAUAUAAACAACCUUUUAAAUACAUACUGUUUUACUCUGUAUGUAUUUUUGGUUCUUAUGUUAACACAUUUGUGAAUAAACACUUUGUGAAAUUUUA